CCACCCACAUAAAGUCUACCUGUACACGUGAAAUCUCAAAGCGUCAAAGGGGAGAAGAAACACGGAGAUUACUUCGGCAGUGAUGGAUAAAAUCAGGACGUGGUUCAAUAAACCAAAGAAGGAACUAAAAAAUCAGCUGAGUCAACCUUUGACCUCAGAGGUCUGUCAUCAUGUCCCGGUCGUUACGGAGAUCCUGAGCACCCCACAGCAGCAGGACACUCUGGUAUUGGGCACCAGAGAUCUGGAUGGAGGAAUUAUCAGUCACACAGGGACGGAUGGAUCUGAUCCAGAUCUUAGCCUGCCCACCAGACUGGGCAUGCUCAGGGAACUUCUUCAGGGAGAGGAAGAACAUCUCAGAACAACACGGUCAGUCUGCAGACCUCAGCCCUCCGCUCCACCUCCUGUCUGGAGGUCACUGUUCCUGGUAGAACAGGUGACAGGUGAGUCGACCCUGAUUCACCGGAAUGUCCCAGAGGCCACCGACACUCAGAGUCCUGGUCCAGACUAUGAUCCCAGAUCUGACUCAGGCAGUCUGACACCCGACACCUAUGACAUCAUCAGCCUCAGACCCAAAGGGGGAGGAACCUCAAACACAUCAGCGUCCUCUCAUGUACUUCCUGUCCGACCUUUCCUAAAGACAAGAGACGACUUCUUCCUCCCCUCCUCCCCUCAUCAAGGGGCAAGGGGGAGAAGGCUUCCUUGUUCCAUGCCCUGCUCCCCCCUACUGCGGGGGGGACGCUGGAGGUCCUAUCCUUCUUCCCCCGCUUCCCCCUCUCCCUCCUCAGGUCUGUCCAGGCUCUGCGUAGAAGCAGCUCUGCAAAGAAGCAAAAACAACCAACAGGUUAAACCCAAUUCACCUCUAUCUACACCGCACUCCGCUACUCCAUGGUCCCCACAGGUGAGGGAGGAGGAGGGGCAGGAGGGGGAAGGGAGCAGUAGUAGGGAGACAGGUGAGGAGGCUGAGGAGGAAUGGAGUGAUAAAGAGGAAGAAGAAGAAAACCAGGUGAGCACGGUGAACACUGUCGGGAUCAGACUGUCGAACAUCUUCAACUUCAGAUCAACUGACCAACUGCAGUGGGAGGAGGAGGGGAAGGAGGAAGGGCAUGAGGAAGAUUCAGACCUGUGGUGUUUGGAAUCUGUGAACUCGAGGUACUGUCUGCAGAUGCCCUGCACUUGUUUCAGGUGUCCCAGUGCUCCUCCAUAUGAAACUAUAGUUUUCUCAGCUGGAGACGUUCAGACAGUUUCUUCAUUCAGCUCUGAAGAUGAGAGACACAGCAAGAGAUUGACUCAGCUGAGGACAGACGUCCAGAGGACAAGGGAGGACAGUGAGCAGAGUUUACAACUGAGUACCAGCCCCUGUCUUUACCCCAGUCUGAGUCUGUGGAGGAUUACAGGAGACAUUCAGACUGAACACAACAGGAAACAGGGAAUAAACUCCUAUGGCUCCGACAACCCCAACAAGUCGUGUUCCCAUAGCAGCAACACUGAUGAUCACCUGCAGCAGUUAAUCGCAGCUUGUCCUGUUGAGUCCUGCAGCUGCUGUUCAGACAAAUUCAGCAUUAUCAAACAUCACUGCAGAAACUGUGACCAGGUGAACACUCACCUGUGGUCAUGUGAAAACUGACCGGUGACCAGGUGAAUACUGAUCAGUGACCAGGUGAAUACUAACUUGUCCUGAAGUAAAAACAGUACAGGUGUAUAUGAUUUACCUGUCCUGUGUUUCAGGUGUCCUGCUAUGUUAGCGAUUGAUUAUUAGUGGUUGAACUUUAUCAAUAAAAAUCUGAUUUGACUGUUUUUGAUCAGUAAUCAAUAUGUAAAUGUUUAUCAAUAAUAAGCAUCUGAUGGAAGAUAUCAUUGGUUUCCACUGACUCAUCUCAGCUGAUAUUUUAAUUAACAACACAUUGACGACUCAACAGAUCAGUUCAGGUUUAUGAGAAACAUCAACAACUUGUCUGUGGUUGUUUUCUGU